GAGAGAGAGAGCUGACACGCUAGACACUGGUUGGUCAUCCACAGAGUUAGCUCUCUCUGUCUCUUCCAAAUGUUUGCAGGUCUAUAGCCAAACGAGAGCAUCGGGAAACGUAAACAAGCUAUAGUCUUCUUAGAGAAAGAGGGGGAACACUCCCCAACGAUACUAGUAUUAGCUGAAACAGGACAAGUCCCAAUGGAGAUGAGUGAAGUGUCUCUCUAGCCGAACUACAGUUAUGGAUAAAGUGGGAAAUGUGGUUGUAGAUAUUGAGAGCCUAACUCAACCAUCAGACAAUUGCUCUGGAAGUCCAAAAGUGACAAAAGCUCUAUCUCGUAAAGGUUCAUGCAGAAUGGACAGGCGAAAUGGUGAGGAGCAAGAGGCAGAUGAGGCCACCAAAAAGCUUGUGGUUAAAGUACUCUAUUCCCAAUCCGAACAGUUGAAGCAACAACCGAUUACCAACAAGUCUCAUGUAGGACUUCCAGCUGUGGCAAAUGUCUCUAAUCUCUCAGAUGCUGGAGAUGGAAGGACUAGGAAGUUAAAUCGCUUCACAGCCAUCAACCCAAAAAAGAUACUUCUCCUCUUUGCAUCAAUGUCUAGCAUGGGUACAAUCAUUCUCAUAUAUUUCACACUUGCUAUCUACCUGAGAGGAGCUUAAUUACUUCCUAAAAUUUGGUUGGCCGAUAAGGUCAGCUUUGAUUAUUUUCUUUUUCUUUCUUUUUUUUUGGUGGAAAGAACCCUCGUAGAUACUACGAGUGGAGGAUCCAGAAAACGAGAAGCACAACAAUACCGCAUAUAAAACCCGAUUUCUGGGUAUGUGAUCGAUGAGCAGGUGGUUGUGGAGGCAUUAUAAUCUGCAAAGCUCUGCCUGGCUGUUUUUAGUUUAGCUUUCUUUUCUAAAUAUCAGCUUUGAGAUCUUGCAAUUUGAAGCAAAUAAUUGUUGUGCAGAACUUCAUGCCUUUGA